UCCACAAGCACAGCUAAGCUAGCUGGCAUCCGUUACACAAGACUGUCCGUGCUUGUCAUCGCCCAUCGAUGCGAACCGCGUAUGUGAAUGCGAACGAAGGACGCAUUCCUCUCGCUUGAGGUCAGGCCCCAGUCGUCAUCGCCGCAUUGAGCUCCGCAAUGCUCACGCCGCCCCGGCCUCGCGGUGUAGGAAGCGGAUCACUUCUCACGGCCCAGCACGGCUAAUGUGUGUGUUGACAGGUCGAGGCCGUGGAGAGUUUCUGUUCUGCGCGAGUCUCUUUCUCUGAGGAUUAUUGCUCUGCUACGCCUGGCUGAGAUCCACUCCUCGCAUUUUGCUUCUGUUGUUCUUGUUCUUGUGACAAACAGUGAAUUACUGGGAUUGAUUAUUUGAUGAGUGGAUGCAUUUUGAAAUAUAUUGUACUUUGAAUGGCCAGAUAUCGGUUUCUCUGUGUGUGUGUGUGUGUCUGUGUCUGUCUGUGUGUGUGUGUGUGUGUGUGUGCGUGUGCGUGUGCGUGUAUAGCCAAGAUAAAACAUGACUGAAUCAUGCAUCGAACCAACUUCACUAGAGUUGUAUCCUUCAGUGUGAUAUGAGGUAAAAUGACCCAUUUUUCUUUCUCUUCUGUCUCCGCAGCUGUGAAUUCUUUUUUUUUUUUUUUUUUUUUUUAAACCGUGAGUGAGACCGCAAGAGGACCUGAGUGGAACUGAGAGCCUCAGCAACCAGGAACCAGGAAGCUCUGCCAGGGGACCAGUGCUUUUGGGGCUCAACCCAGUGAAGGCUCAGCGUUUGGGGGGGAUGUGUCGCGGAGGGGAGGGGGCCAUGUGGAGCGGACGCUUUCUCCUCCUCGCCUGUGUCCUGGCUCCGCUGGCACUCGCGUUCAGUCGUGCGCCAGUGCCCAUGGCGGUGGUGAGGCGGGAGCUGUCGUGCGAGGGUUACCCCAUCGAGCUGCGCUGCCCGGGCACCGAUGUCAUCAUGAUCGAGAGCGCCAACUACGGACGCACCGACGACAAGAUCUGCGACGCCGACCCGGCUCAGAUGGAGAACACGCGCUGCUACCUGCCGGACGCUUACAAGAUCAUGUCCCUCAAAUGCAACAAUCGAACGCAAUGUGCGGUGGUGGCCGGGCCCGAAGUCUUCCCUGACCCCUGCCCUGGAACAUAUAAGUACCUGGAGGUGCAGUACGAGUGUGUCCCAUACAAAGUGGAACAGAAAGUUUUCUUGUGUCCUGGACUGCUGAGGGGCGUAUACCAGAGCGAGCACCUCUUCGAGUCGGACCACCAGUCCGGGGCUUGGUGCAAGGACCCACUGCAGGCGUCCGACAAGAUCUACUACAUGCCAUGGACGCCGUACCGCACUGACACACUCACCGAGUACUCGUCCAAGGAGGACUUCAUCGCCGGACGGCCCACCACGACCUACAAGCUGCCACACCGCGUGGACGGCACGGGGUUCGUAGUGUACGACGGCGCGCUCUUUUUCAACAAGGAGCGCACGCGUAACAUCGUCAAGUUCGACCUGCGCACGCGCAUCAAGAGCGGAGAAGCCAUCAUCGCCAGCGCUAACUACCACGACACGUCGCCCUACCGCUGGGGCGGCAAGUCCGACAUCGACCUGGCGGUGGACGAGAAUGGCCUGUGGGUCAUCUACGCCACCGAGCAGAACAACGGUCGCAUCGUCAUCAGCCAGCUCAACCCGUACACGCUGCGCGUGGAGGGCACGUGGGAGACGGCCUACGACAAGCGCUCGGCCUCCAACGCCUUCAUGAUCUGCGGCGUGCUCUACGUCAUCAAGUCCGUCUACGAGGACGACGACAGCGAGGCGACGGGCAACAAGAUCGACUACAUCUACAACACAGAGCUCAGCAAGGACAGCUACCUGGACAUCUCCUUCCCCAACUCCUACCAGUACAUCGCCGCCGUGGAUUACAAUCCCCGCGACAACCUGCUCUACGUCUGGAACAACUACCACGUGGUCAAGUACUCGCUGGACUUUGGCGCCCUGGACAACAGACUAGCAAUUAGUGUCAGCUGGGUGAGUCGUCGUCUGAGUCUGGCCGCGGCCGACGGCCUGGAGAUGGAGAGUGUCUGGCCCCCUCGUGUCACCAGGAGUUUGGGCUCCCUGGUGGACGCGUCACUGUUUGCCCAGCGGCUGACCUCCAAGGAGUUAGCCAAGGAGGCUGCUGUGCUGACAGAGAGGAAAAGACAGAUCGCCGGCCGGAGCGAGAGACAGAGGGAUGGGGCCGAGAGGAGAGACGAGAGACAACGUGAUGGAGUGCUGAAUGUGAUCUUCCUCGGAAUCGCGCUCUACAAAAUGUUUCAUCACACGGCGAUCCUCAAGCCAGAUUCUGGCUGCUUGGACAACAUUAAAUCCUGGGUGAUCGGUGCCAUUGCGCUCCUCUGCCUGCUGGGCCUGACCUGGGCCUUUGGCCUGAUGUACGUCAAUGAGAGCACUGUGAUCAUGGCCUACCUCUUCACCAUCUUCAACUCCCUCCAGGGCAUGUUCAUCUUCAUCUUCCACUGCGUCCUACAGAAGAAGGUGCGUAAAGAGUAUGGGAAGUGCCUGCGUACGCACUGCUGCAGCGGGAAGAGUGUGGACACCUCCAUGGGCUCCGGCAAGAGCACGGCCUCACGUGUCCCCGGACGCUACGCCUCUGGCUCACAGAGUCGGAUCCGCCGCAUGUGGAACGACACAGUCAGGAAGCAGUCCGAGUCCUCUUUCAUCACGGGCGACAUCAACAGCUCCGCUUCGCUCAACCGAGGUGCCAUGGCUAACCAUCUUAUUACUAAUGCACUGCUGCGGCCCCAUGGCACUAACAAUCCCUAUAACACAUUGCUUGGGGAGUCGGCCAUCUAUAACAACCCGUCGGUCAGCAUGUACAACGCGCAAGAGCCCUACAGAGAGACAAAGGGUCUCCUGAACAAUGCCCGGGAUACAAGUGUUAUGGAUACUCUACCGCUGAAUGGUAACCACGGCAACAGCUACAGCCUAGCCAGCGCCGAGUACAUGAGCGACUGCGUGCAGAUCAUCGACCGCGGCGGCUACGGCGGCCACAAGGAGACCACCCUGGAGAAGAAGAUCCUCAAGGAGCUCACGUCCAACUACAUCCCCACGUACCUGAACAACCACAACCACGCGCACACCCACGAGCGGUCCAGCUCGGGCUCCGAGCACGGACGCAACCUCAUGAACAAGAUGGUCAACAACGUCAGCAACGGGGGCAAGGACACGCUGGGGCUGGGGCUGGGCAGCCUCGGGAGCCUGGGGCUGGGCAGCGGCGGAGGCAGCCUGGACCUGGGCGACUCGUCCUCGGCGUACAAUCACCACCACCACGACGACGACGGCAGCGGCACCAUCGGCGGCGGUCUGGAGCUGAUCCGGGAGGAGUCGCACGCGCCCCUGCUGCCGCCCCGCAUCACGCCCACGGACAACCACACCCUGCACCACCUCCACAGCCUCCAGCAGCAGCACCACCACCACCUCCACCCGCACCCCUUCUCGUCGUCCUCCGGCUCUUGCGCCGGACGCCGGCUGCCCCAGGAGACCAGCGAGAGCUUCUUCCCGCUGCUGGGCGGCGAGCAGACCCAGGGCGACACGCCGUCGCCGCAGAGGGACUCGCUGUACACCAGCAUGCCCGAGCUCGCCGACGGGGACACCGCGGUCAGCAAGGAGCCGCUCGGGGGAGACGAACACGGGAAGGGUUGCGGAGGCAGCGGUGGAGGAGGAGUGGACCCGAUCGACGACGUCUACUACAAGAGCAUGCCCAACCUCGGCUCCCGGAACCACCUCCACCAGCUCAGCUCCUACUACCAGCUAGGGCGGGGCAGCAGUGAUGGAUUCAUCGUGCCGCCCAAUAAGGAAGACCCCUCCCCGGAGGACCCGCCUCCUGAGGCAUCCCAUCUGGUCACCAGCCUAUAGGAGGCGAUCGCCUGACAAAAACGCCACGCACACCUAUCCGAUGCCACCUGGUCCCCUUCAGUGCCCCGUACCUGGUCACUUACAUUGGCUCCAUCUUCUUCUUCAUGGUCAGUCGUCGGCUGUUGUAGAUGAUCUCUUUGGUUUGUUCCUUAACUGUUUUUUUUUUUUCUCCCGAUUUUUGUGUAUUUUUCAGGAACAACAGCAACAAUGGCAAAAACAUAUACACAAACACACACAAACAAACAAAUGGACGAAAAACAUGGACGCCAAUAUGAUUGAAAGGUUGUGGUGAAUCUUUGUUCUGAUGGCGAAAAAAGAACUCAACAAUGUGCAUUUUAGGAGGCAAAAUGAGGAGGCAAAACGUUUGAUUGGACUAACUUGUCUCCUCUUCGCUCUUGAGAACUAUACCUGACCAGGUCGGAAUUUCAAACUGCAUCUUGUAACUUAACGUUCCAAAGGAAUUGCAAACCAUCUGAAAACAAUUGCGCAACUUGCUGAGUGUGUAGAAUAAACAACAACAACGACAACAAUUAAAUCAAACAAACAAGCGUGACAAGAAAAAACUAUUUUAUUAUACUUCUGUAUCCAUAUUUGCUUUUUAAAAAAACCUGUCUUUUCUUCCUAUCUGGUGAAACACAGCACAUUUUGCUGCAGUGUCCGUGCAAAUCAAGCAAAAAUGACAAAAAAAAUCACAAAAACUUUGAACAGUUUCGCAAAGGACAUCUUUAUCAAUAUGCCCUAGAGCAUAUUUUUUGUUGUUUUUUCCUUUUUUUGCUGUAUUAAUAACAAUUAUUAAAAGAGGGAAAAAAACUAAUACCAGAGAAUUAUAAGAUAUUUCUAUGUAAAUGUACAGAAAUUAGCAUUGCACAUAGUAUGCUUUUUUGUUCCACCAGAAAUCUUUGUCCCUGUAAAUGUUGUGAAAAGAUGCUAAUUUUCGUCCCUUUCUGUUGUGAUGGUCUUGCAGGUUUUAUUGAAGCGCUUGGAGCGCUGUUCCUUUAUUUAGCUUUUUUUAUCCACCUUCCUUUCGAUUCUGCCUUUCACAGUUCACUAGCAAAGACUUAAGCAACAGAAAUCGAAAAACCAUGGAAACAAACUCAUGGCUUACUUAGCAGUUAUCAUUUUCAGUAUUAUAAUCACUGAUGUUUUGUUUCAAUCAUUUUUCAUACUGUUUUACCGUUGUUGUUUUUUCUUUUAGUAUUAUUUUUUAUUUUCCUCUGUGUAGAUAAAACUUGUUGAAAGAGAAAGGGAUGUGGUUUUAGCUAACUGUUCAAAAGAUCAGAUGUUUUUUUGCCUAAAUUCUUUGAGGGUUCAAAGUUUGAAGAUUAAAUGUCAUACGAAAGCACGAGGUGACAGAUGAGAGAUCCUUGAUUAAUGCUGAGUAACCAAUUUAAUUCCUCCAAUUGAAUAACACAGAGGGCAAAGUUUCAUGUCUUAACAUGACAUGAGAUGACUAGCUGGACAUGUCUCACGUUCUCUCCCCAGUAGAGAAAACAUAUUUAUUUAUUUGUUAAGAAAAUGAACAAAAGUGUUCAGGAAGAUGCAGAACAGCAGUGGCGUUUUUUUUUUUGUUUUUUUUUUUGUUUUUAAUCUUUUCAUUUUAUUUAUUCAUUUCUGUUCUCCUGUUGGUUUUCAAGUUGAUUGACCUCAUAACUAAUAUCUGUUGUAACGGUGAAACUUGUUUGCCAACAAAUAAAUUACCGAUUAAGAUUUACCACGUAGCCAUUGCUAAGGGCUUCUGUUGUCUGUGUAACUUGUUACCAGUUGAGCAUCAAGUGCAUUAGUCCAUUACCUUAAGCUUGCAAUCAGGCUUUGUAUUGUGGUUGGGGGGGGGGGAUAGCCAACUCGAGAUCAAUGGUUAGAUGCAAAUGAUUAUACACUCUGUAGAUGAUGCUGAUGUCUUCACAGAUGUUUGUGGCAACAUUUCAAUUGAUACGGAUAAAGAGCUAAUAAAAGGAC